AUGACUACUUCAUUCAGGUCUAACACUGAGACUCUCGCUAAGUACCUCACCCUCGAUCAAGGCGGUAAGGUUCAAGCCGAAUACAUUUGGAUUGAUGGUAACAGUGGCCUUCGUUCCAAGACCACCACCCUCGACUCCAAGCCGAAUGAUAUCUCUGAAUUGAAAGAGUGGAACUUUGACGGUUCCUCCACCAAUCAAGCCCCCGGCGAAAACUCGGAUGUUUAUCUUCGUCCGGCCGCCAUCUUCCGUGAUCCCUUCCGUAAAGGUGAUAACAUUCUUGUUCUCUGUGAAACCUUCAACAGCGAUGGAACUCCAAACAGAACAAACUACCGUCACGAGUGUGCAAAAUUAAUGGAAACUCACGCCGACAAAAAACCUUGGUUCGGUAUUGAACAGGAGUACACCCUUUUCGAUCAAGACAAUCAAGUCCUUGGUUGGCCAAAGGGCGGUUUCCCCGGUCCUCAAGGUCCCUACUAUUGUUCUGUGGGUGCUAACGUUUCUUAUGGGCGUGAUGUCGUUGAAGCUCAUUAUCGCGCUUGUCUUUACGCUGGUGUCACCAUUUCCGGAAUUAAUGCCGAAGUUAUGCCUGGUCAAUGGGAAUUCCAAGUAGGUCCCUGCGAAGGAAUCACCAUGGGUGACCACCUUUGGAUGGCUAGAUUCUUAUUACACCGCGUGGCUGAAGAUUUUGGAAUUGUCGUCUCAUUCCAUCCCAAACCAAUCAAGGGUGACUGGAACGGUGCCGGUUGUCACACCAACUACUCAACAGCUGCAAUGAGAGAGGAAGGUGGCAUCAAAGCCAUUCAUGACGCCAUCGAGAAGAUGUCGACACGUCACAUGGAGCACAUUGCCGUCUAUGGUGAUGAUAAUGAUCAACGUCUUACCGGUCGACACGAAACAGGUCACAUUUCUCAAUUCUCAUAUGGUGUGGCUAACCGUGGUGCCUCCAUUCGUAUCCCACGACAUGUGGCCGCAGAGGGCAAAGGAUAUCUGGAAGACCGUCGUCCGGCUUCCAACAUAGAUGCAUACCGUGUCACUCACAUCAUUGUCGAAACCACCCUUUCAUAG